AUGGAAGAGUAUGAAAAUAUAUCAUUUCCAUCAGAGGAGAUGAUGGUCCGUUUAAUUGAAGAACAGCUGUGGUGUGGUUAUGAAGGAAUUGAUGCAUCUGUUGAACUUCCGUUAGAAGAUGAAAAUGCUACCUACCUACGUGAAACUGUUUUUCCUACUCUUGUCCCUGCAUUGUACGAAUUAGUGAGACGUGAGCAACAGAGACGUCUAAAUCCAGAAUCAUUCCCAGGUUCAUAUGGAGCCACAGGGAACAUUAAUUCGAUCUCCUGGUUAUCACAAUAUCUUCUUCGAAACAAUACACAACACAGCAAGAAUCUCCUACAACAUCCAUAUGUAUUGGUAAAUAAUCAGGUACUUAAAAGAGAAAAAGAGGCCAAAGAAGGAACGGUACUUCAAUGA